GAGAGCGAGAGAGGGAGGGAGGGAGAGAGAGGCAGGGAUGUCAGGCAGUGCAGCAAGGGGAGGAGGAGGAAGGCCGCCAUAUUGCCCCUCUCACCCUAUUUACCCCCUCAGUGCCACCCUACAGAGCCUACAGGGAGUGCCACAGUGCCAGAGUUCCUAAGGGUGAGCACAGCCAUGAUUGAAGUGGAGGAAGCAGAGAGGCAGGAUGGGGGGGCGGGGGUGUCAGCAGCAGUGUCAGCACCCGCCUCAGCGCCCAUCCUGUCAGCACCCCUGCCGUCAGUCUACCCCAGCGUGAUGCCCCCAGAGGACACACAGGGUGCGGGACAGUAUGAGCCUGGCUUUGGGCGCAGCAUCAGCGUGGAGCAGCUGGAGGCGUGGAACAGUCAGCUGCAGAGCCACGCCUUUGCCCUGUGCCCCGUCGCCGGCUGUGGCCUCAUGUUCCACAGCGCGCCGCAGAUACAGGGACACUUUGUUACGUGUUCAGGGAAGUACGAGGGUUCUGUGUUGUGGUGCAGCGAGUGCCAGGCCAGGGUGCCGGCACCCAUCAUGAACCAGCACGCCCGACUCAUGCACUCCCCCCAGCAGCCCCCCCAGCCCCCCCAUGGCCAGCCCCAGGGUAGCGGCGGCGGCCUGGAGCUGCCGUGGGGGCUGAACAGCAUGGCGGAUGUGGUGAUGCCUCCCCACACACUCCCCCAGCAGCCCCCGCCUCCACACAGCCUGAGGCAUCAGUCAGGGGCCAGGCUGGGGGAGGAAGGGGCAGGUUUUGCCGGGGUGGAGGAGGGGCGGGGCAGCAGAGAGGUGUCCCCGCGCCCCUCCUGCUACCCACCCGCCCGGCAGUCAUGUGGCGGGGGGUGCCAGCCACCCAAGCCUUCCUGGGCCCCCCACCGCCACCACCACCACCACCGCUACCCCCAGCGGCCCUACCAAGGCUCCCCCUGUGGCCUGGGGUGCCCCACGGACAGGAUGGAGGGUGAGGCCUGCCUGGCCUACCCUGGCCCCGAGGGCGGCUAUGCCCCGGGCCCGGGGGCAGUGAAGAGAGAGGCUGCAGAGGGCGGCGGGGCGUGGGGCAGCGACGAGGAGCGGUAUGCAGCCAAGCAGCGGCAGCUGGCAGCCCAGGCGGAGGAGCUGCAGCGGGCGGAGGAGGUGGUGCAGCAGCAGGAGGAGGAGGCACAGCAGCGGGCGUGGCUGGCGCUGCAGCAGAAGGAGAUGAUGCUGCGGGAGAAGGCGGAGGCGCUGCGGGCGCGGGAAGCGGCGGCCCAGCGUAAGAUGGAGCUGGCGGCCCGGCUCAUAGAGGAGGCCCAGAUGAUGCGGGGGGCCGCCGCCACACCCUCCCCCUGCCCCUCCCCUGCCCCUGCCCUCAGCACCCCCACCACCCAGCCACUCUGCUGCACUCGCCCCACACCCCCGCCACCCCCACCCACCUCCUCCCCCAGCGACCCCCACCACCACCACCACCACCAUCACCACCGUCACCACCACACUCCACCUUACCGCUGGCCAGACACCCCGCCCCAGACCACCCCCCAGGCCAGGCCAGGGCCAGGCAGAAGCCUUCCCACACCCUCAGACCCCAUCACCCCUGCCCCAAGACACCCAGGACCAGGGGAGAUGCGCCCUGCCUCCACCCUGCCCCACAGCCGGGUGGAGGAGAGCCCACCGCACAUCCACCCCCAGAAGGUUUUGUUUACGUACUCAAGACGGGGCCGGACCCGCGCCCACUCCACCCCCGCCCCACGGCUGGCCGGGGCGGGGCAGGACAAGGCUGGGGAGACGGUAGUGCACGGGGGGACCAGCAUCACCAUCACCCCCAUGCCCCGCCAGACCCCCACCCCUACCCUGACCCCCACCCCCACCCCCGCUCCCACCCCGCCCCCCGCCCCUACCCUGGCCGUGCCCCGUCCUCAGAAACAAUACAGUGCCUUGCCUGCCCCGGACACCACACUAUGCACCACCACCACCACCACUACCACCAUGACCACCACCACCACCACCACCUCCACCAUUUCCAGGGAACCCAGCCCAGCACCCAUACCCACACCCACAGUCACACCCACACCCACAGUCACCCACACCCACCCGCCCAGACAGCUCACCCUCCCGUCGUCCCUUACUCUCGGCUCACAGCAGUUCACUUUUAAAUACGUGGGAACAUUUAAACCAGAACGGACCACCACCUCCACCUCCUCCUCCUCCACACCUCCACCUAGACAAGUGAUAAGGACGGUACACCCACACAUUGCAUCCGCCACCACCACCACACCCACUGUCACUUCCACGCCCACUGCCGCCCCCAGAGCCGCCCCCUCCCCGCCCACACUCACGGCGGCCUACAACAAGCUUGGGUCUAAGUUAGUAGCGCCAAGACUCAUGACAACGCUGACACCCAAGGAGGAGCCGGGGGUUAAUGUCUCCUUGUAUGCCACUCAGCCGCCAUCACAGCCGCCGCCACAGCUGCCGCUACUGCCGAGGGAAAGAAGAACGUCGCAGGAGGUCAAGGUGGAGGCUGCAACCACACACACGCACAAACUAACGCAUGGUGAUCACUCCCCGUUCCACCCACCUCACCACCUCCACCAGCAACACCACCAGGAUGCAUCACCACUGGCCAUCACCACUUCACCACCACCACCACCACCACCACAGGACCCAGCCCUCCUCAACACCACCACCACCACCAUACCCUCAACUCCCUUAGAAUACACCCAAGACCUCACCACCACCUCCAACACCACCGUCACCACCACGCCUUAUAUGGAAAUACACACGAAAACUGAAGCAACACAAAAAACAUUACCAGAGGAUACAGAGGAAGGAGGAGGAGGAGGAGGAGGAGGAGGAGAAGGAGAAGGAGAAGGAGAAGGAGGUUAUAUAGUGCAGGAUCUCCACCCAAGCCAGCAGGACAUCCUAACCCAGAGUGGAGAAGUCCUACAGGAUACCAUGUUCUACCAGACGACCUCAGAGUCCUACCAUUCUGCAUCCUUCAUGUCUCCCUUCCUCACUGAUUCUGUCACCCUCCUCCCCACCUCCCAGGACACCCCACUUCCCCCUCCUCCCCAGGCAGACCCCCUCACCCCCUCCCCCUCCUCCCCAACACAAACAAAUGCAGAGGAGGAAGAGGUUGAGGAGGCUAAUGAGGCAGGUGUGUUGGACCCUUCCCAGGUACGCACAAGCUCUGAGUCACCUGGGGAAGUGUUACCUGGCCUUAACGAGAACUGCUACACCUUCCCCACACCUGACACACACCCGCAAGAGGAGAUGCAAGAGGAGGAGGUGGAUGGAAGAGAGGAUGCAGGUGGAGGAGUGGAUCAGAACAGUGUCUUUCUCUUCCCUGGUGGUGUGAAGGAGGAGAAGGAGAGGGAGGCUAAUGCUGUGGAGAUGAGUGAGGAGACUAGGACUAAUGCAUUGUGGGAGGAUAAUGUGGAGGCUACUGAACAGGAGGAGUGGGGAGGAGAUGAGGAAGGUGGAGGAGGAGGUGGAGAAGACAUACCCUUGGAGGAGGUGGUGGAGAGAGAAGAGGAGGAGGAGGAAGAGGUGGAGGAGACUUGGGAGAAUGAACAAGCACAAGAACAAGAACAUGAACAACAACAACAAGAACAGCAAGAGCAAGAGGAAACUUACCAAACUCCACAAUUCACAAAGGUGGAAGAGGUGGAGGUGGAGGAAGAGCAGAUUGUGGAAGGGGAUGUAGUGGACUUAGACAACCCACACAUCACCCCAGUGGAAGCCUGCGACAACACCCCGGAACUGGCACCCUUGGACGCAGUGCCGGACAGUGCCGCACCCCUAAUGACCAUCACCGAGCCCUAUAGUGAGUGCCAGAGUGCCGUGGAGGGUCAGGAGAAUACCGAAGACGUACUCGCGAACACACAAUGGCACGCUGAUGACGGCACUUAUUUGGCACCACCCGACACAGUGCCAAUGGAGGAUUUAGUGCCAGUAGAGAGCGAGGCACUGAUGGAGGUUGUGCGGGAGGAGGAAGAGGAGGAGGAGGAGGAUAGCACCAGGUACACAACACCGAGAGGAAGAGGAGGAAGAGGAAGAGGGAGGAGGAAGCCGAGAGGAAGAGCGAGAUGGACGAAGAAGAAGCCAGCUAACAGGAGGAGGAAGGGUCAGAGUGAGAGGCCACAGGAGGAGGAGGAAGAAGAGGUGAGGACAGGUCAUGAAGUGGUGGUGAAUGGUGAUGAGAAUGCAACACCAGCAACACCACCUCCCUACACCACAGCACAGUACCCAACCACACCUCCACGAGGGGCGGGAACAGCUGAUUAUACGCAUACGGAGGAGGGAGGAAGGGUGGAAGAGGAGGAGGAGGAGGAGGAGAGGAAGAAAGGGAGAGUUCAAGAGGAGGAAGGGGAAGAGACGAGAAUGGUGAAUCAAGAGGAAGGAAACCUGGGAGGAAAUGAAAGCUUACACCCAGAGGAGGAAAGAGGAGGAGGAGGAGGAGGAGGAGGAGGAGGAGAAGUCCAAGAGGCUGGGCGGCACAGAGGAAGGAAGAGGACGGCCCAGCAGGAGGAGGAGAAGCACCACCUUGAAGGCAGGAAGAGGCUGCACCAGGAGGGGGAGGAGGAGGAGGAGGAGAGCGUGGAGCAUGUGUCGCGGGGGGGGCGCAAGGUGCGGCUCAAGGAGUGGUGGACGGGUGUGGUUGGUGAGGCCACGUCCCCCCGUGCCAAGGCCACUGCCAGGUCCCCGGUGCUCUCCCCGGCCCGCUCCCCCAUCAGGUCCCCAGUCAGGUCCCCGGUCCGCUCCCCCACCAGGCCCAGCGCUGCCAAGCGGGCCAGGGGGAGGAGAAGCCUAGGGAGGGGCGGGGGCUGGGCGGCAGAACGGCAGUGCAAGGAGACAGCCGCCAGCACAGAGACUGACACUGAGGCACCCGUCACCGCCACAGAGACAGAGGCAGCGGAGGAGGAGGAGGAGGAGGAGGCGGCCCGGCGGCGCCCCGGGCGGCGCCCCGGGAGGCAGCCCAGGGGGCGGAAGCGCAGGGGGCGACAGUACCAGCCGAGGACGGAGACAGACGAGAAGGAGGACGUGGAGUGCGGGAAGUGCGGCGAGAUGAGCCACUCCCGCGCCCAGUUCCUGAACCACGCCCGGAUGAGCCACAAUGGCCUGGCGCGGCCCAAGGGUGAGCCGCAGGAGUUUGGGGAGAAGGAGGAGCAGCGCGUGCUGGCGGACACCAUGGCGGCGGUGAGGCAGCUGCAGUGUGGCGUGUGCCUGAACCUGUUCCACUCCCUGCUGGGCUACAAGAUGCACGUGCUGGGCUGCGGCCUGGCCCCCAGCGAGCUCAACAAGGCCUGCCCCGUGUGCCGCCGCCGCAUCCGCUACUACUACCUGGAUGCCCACCUCAAGAAGCACGCCGCUGCUGCUGCCGCCCUGGAGGAGGAGCGUGCGGGGCGGGCGCGGGGCAGCCGCAAGGCCGCCAUGAACUGCAACCUGCGGCUGCAGGCCUGGAGGACCACCCGGGCCGAGGACGGCGGCGAGGACGAGGGCGACGCUGGCGACGACUUCCGGCGGGAGCUGCCGCUGGCACGCUACUACACCCGGCCCGGCCCCGGCCUGCCCCCCAGCCUGCUGCAGCGCUGGGGGGACAGCCUGGCGCAGGGUGGGACGGCUGCCUGCCCCCACGAGGGGUGCACCCAUGGGGCCGUCAGCCUGGCGGAGGCGCGGCACCACUACUGGGCCUGCCAGCUGGGCGGCCCCGCCCUGGCCCUGGCCUGCACUCUCUGCACCUUCACUUCCCACCACCAGGCAGACAUGGAGGACCACCUGCUGGCCGCCCACACGCAGGAGGUGGUUGCCGGCGGCCAGGAGACCGAUGAUGACGAUGACGACGAUGAUGACUCGGAGGACGAGGUGCGGGGGAUGGAGCGUCCCCGCGGCUCACGCCCCAGCGGCCGGCGGGGCGGCCGGGGCUCCCUGCUGCCCUUCCUGCCGGCCAUGGCCUGGACGCUGGAGUUCCUGAAUGACACUAUCUCCCUCUGGCUCUUCCCCCACCACCGCCCCCUCCCCCCCCACUGGCUGCCCCUGCCCCCCACCGAUGCCGCCCCCUACCUGCCCGCCCUGGCUGCCAGCCCCAGCUACAGGGUGGAGGCCAUCCCCACUGUGGCCGCUGGCAGGCAGGAGAGGCAGGUCGCUGGCCAGCUGGCUGGACAGAACGGGCAGGCUGCCGGCCAGCAGACUGGACAGGACGAGCAGGAUGGACAGGGUGGGCAGGAUGGGCAGGCCAGGCAGGAUGGGCAGGCCACUGACCAGCAGAAUGAGCAGGACUGGCAGGUCAGUCAGGAUAGGCAGGGUGCCAGCCAGCAGGAUAUGCAGGCAACCAGCCAGCAGGAUGGGCAGGCUGCCAGUCAGCAGGAUGGGCAGGCUGUCAGUCAGCAGGAUGGGCAGGCUGUCAGUCAGCAGAACGGGCAGGCUGGGCAGGCUGUCAGUCAGCAGGAUGGGCAGGCUGUCAGUCAGCAGAACGGGCAGGCUGGGCAGGCUGUCAGCCAGCGGGAGGGUCAAGCCGCUGGCCAGCCGGCUGGGCAGGCCAGGCAGGGCAGGCAGGCCCUGCAAGCCAGUGAGUGGCAGGCGCUGGGGCGUUUUGAGGGGGCGGAGGCAGGGCGGGGCGCCGCCAUGUUCUGCGGCGGCCCGGUGACCAGUGUGGCAUGGUGCCCCCAGCGCCCCGCCACCUCCCUGGCCGCCCCGGCGCAGCACUUUGCCCUGGCCACCGUGCCCACCCCAGACCUGCCCCACCGCCUCUGUCGCUCCUACACCCACCCAGGGCUCAUCCAGGUGUGGGGUUGCCCCGACCCCAACACUGCCGCCCCGCCUGUGCCCACCUUCCUGCUGGGCAUUGCUCAUGACCACGGCACUGUCUGGUCUCUGGUCUGGUGCCCCUCAGGGUCUGAGGAGGAGCCUCCGGAGCAGCCCCAGGUCUCGCUGCCCCGCCUGGGGCUGCUGGCCGCCGCCUGCUCCGACGGCACGGUGCAGGUGUACACCGUGCCCCGCCCCGAGGCACUGAGUGUCCCUGGGCGGGUGUACCGGCCCCCACCCUGCCUGACGCUGCUGCCGGGGCGCGGCGCCAACAUGCAGGUGCAGUGCCUCAAGGUGGACUGGUGCCGGGCAAAGGGCCACCACCGGCUGGCCGGGGCCAUGUCAUCCGGCGUGGUGUGCGUCUGGGACCUGUCCAACACGUCGCCUCUGCUAGCGGGGCCGGGCGGGGCGCUGCUGCCGCUGCGUGCCAUUCCCGCCCACAACGGGGUGUGCACGGCGGUGGCCUUCUGCCCCACCACUGGCGGCCGCCACUUGCUGAGCGGCGGCAACGACCGCACCUACAAGUUCUGGGACCUGGAGCGGCCGGAGCUGCCGCUGAACGUGGUGCGGCGCGGGCUGGUGCUGGACGCGCUGUGGCUCACGCACUGGGCCGGCGGCUUCCUGGCCUUCGACGACGUGUACGGCCUCGGCUCCACCAACAGCUGCUUCAAGGAGAGCGGCUUCUUCGGCAUCUCCUCCCGCACGGUGCUGUCCUCCAACGCCGCCGCCUGGACGCUGGCCGGCUCGGACUGGCUCAACUGCGUGGCCCAGGGUGACUCAGGUGGUGAGGUGACGCUCACUGUGCAGCAGCAGCUCUUCAGGAACUAUGAGAACGAGAAAUUCCCCUCACGCCGCAAGGUGCCGGUGCUCAGCGCCCAUAUGCAGGAGCUGGGGGCCGCCAAGCCCGUCUCCUUCACCAGCACCCGCCUGCCCCACUCCCAGAAGGCCGCCUCCGCCAAGAAGGCCAGGGCGGCGGAAGAGGAGGACUGCCUGGGCCACAACCCCUACCAGCCCUUCCCGCAGACCUACCGGGCUGCUGCCGCCACACACGGCCUGGUCUUCCGGGACCAGAACUUUGCCAACUUCAAGGCCAUCCCGGCGGACGAGAUGGAACGGCACUGGCGCAGCGACACCAUGGAGGCCAGCGCCAUCAACUGCUACCCGCUGAUGGCCGUCACCUGCCUGGCCUGGAACAACAACCUGGGCGCCCACACCUGGCUGCUGGCCGGCACACAGUCCGGCCUGGCACGCCUCGCCCGCAUCACCGCGCUCAACUCACAGGACGGCGACGACUUCAUCUGGAAGAACUUCAAGACCCAAUGACGGGGCGGGGCGGGGCAGGUGUGCCGGCCAGGCGUUGGGCUGUCCGGGGCAGGUGAGCAGCCAGCCUCCUCUGCCUUACCUGUUGCAGCUGGGCACAGGUAGAUAAUGAGCCAGGUGUCUGAGGUGUGUCCUGUGCCUCUCGGGGCUGUGAUGUUUGUGUUAGUGAGUCGUGAAUGACACACUCAUCAUCUCUCGGUAACCUAUUUAUUAAUAUUUAUCUCUACUUAUGUAUUUUUUGAAGCACAGACUCAUUCACUCACUCACUUAUUUAUUGUUUUCCUGUUGUUGUGUUCAUGAGUCUCGGUGUGUUGUGAGGAGAGGAAGGGAAGUGCCUCAUAAGACUGUGUGUGUGUGUGUGUGUGUGUGUGUGUGUGUGUGUGUGUGUGUGUGUGUGUGUGUGUGUCAUUUCAUAUCAUUGGUAUUUUUUAUUUUGCUUCCAUGUAAAUGCUCCUAAUCAUCAUCAUCACCAUCAUCAUCAUCAUCACCAUUAUCUGAGCUGUAUUGUAGAAACUGGCUGGGGGGAGGGGGGAGGAGGGGGGGCAGGGUAUAAUGCUUUGGUUGGUUGAGUGUAUAUUUUGGGCAAUCAUUACCAUCAUCAUCACCAUCAUUAUCAUCAUUUUAUUCAUUAUUAGUUCACUGGAGGAUAGAUAAAGGCCUUUCCCAAUGUGCUCCACCUUUCUCUCUCUCCCUGUGAUGUUAGUGUACUCCAUCCUGCUCUAGUUUAUUUAUUUAUUUAUUUAUUUUACUACUUAACUGUUUCUUUACUUAUAGACUUUCAUUUACUUUUUCUCCGUCAUUCUUUAUCCUCUUUUCUUAUUCUGUUCCUGGUCAAUUUUACUUUUUUUUAUGAUAUUGACAUUUAUUUCAUCCAUUUCCAUUUUAUUAUAACUCUAUUUUCAUAUUGUGUGUCAUUCUUUUCCUUUCCUUCCAUUGCAGUAUUAUUUUUCAUCUUCCUCUUUUCCCAUAAGUAUCCUGUGGUGUGUUUUUUAAGCCAUGUAUCAUCGUUCAUCAUACAUUCAUUAAUUCUCUCAUAUGUAUCCUCCCAUAUUCUCUUGGUCCCACGUUCCUCCCAGCCAGCCAGUGAACAGCUCUCGUGCUAUGCUGUGUAUGCCAGUUUGCCUCCACCAAUCUUAAGAGUACAAUUGUUAAUUCUGUAGACACUGCCAGUCUUGAGAGAGAGAGGAUAUGUGUGUUUAAAUGCUUCUCUCUCUCCCUCUUUCUCUCUCACUUGAUUCUCUUCCUUUCUCUUUUCUCUCCUUUUCUAAACACUGCCAGUCUUGAGAGAGAGAGGAUAUGUGUGUUUAAGUGCUUCUCUCUCUCCCUCUUUCUCUCUCUCUUGAUUCUUAUUCUUUCUCUUCCUUUCUCUUUUCUCUCCUUUUCUAAAUAUUGCUUGUCUUGCGGGAGAGGAUAUGUGUGUUUAAGUGCUUCUCUCUCUCCCUCUUUCUCUCUCUCUUGAUUCUUAUUCUUUCUCUUCCUUUCUCUUUUCUCUCCUUUUCUAAACAUUGCUAGUCUUGUGGGAGAGGAAAUGUGUGUCUAAGUGCUUCUCUCUCUCACUUUCUUCUCAUUCUUUCUCUUCCUCUCUUUCUCUUUCUCUCUUUUCUCUCCUCCUCUGAACAUUGCUAGUCUUGUGGGAGAGGAAAUGUGUGUCUAAGUGCUUCUCUCUCUCACUUUCUUCUCAUUCUUUCUCUUCCUCUCUUUCUCUUUCUCUUUUCUCUCCUUUUCUAAACACUGCUAGUCUUGCAAGAGAGGAAAUGUGUGUCUAAGUGCUUCUCUCUUUCACUUUCUUCUCAUUCUUUCUCUUCCUCUCUUUCUCUUUCUCUUUUCUCUCCUCCUCUAAACAUUGCUAGUCUUGCAAGAGAGGAAAUAUACUAAUGCCUCUUCUUGCUUACUCUUUCCCUCUUUUAGUUUCUUUUAGCAGUUCAUAUUUCUUUUCAUAUUUCUCUAGACACUGCCAGCUUUGAGAGAGACAAUGUGUAUUAGUGCUUAUUCUCUCUCUUUCUCUUCCUUGUUCCUUCAUAACUAUUUAUUUCUAUACAUUUCACACUUCUACAGUAUAUUUCUUGCUCAUAUUUCUAGUCGUGAUUUUAUCCUAAGCAUAGUCAGUGGUGGGGAAAGUUCUGCUAAUCUGCUCAAUGGUAAAUAAGAGAAGGUUUAAAUGCUAUAGUCAUACUGCUCGGGGAGUCCCUUGAACAUAGCGCUGCCAAAUUUUAUAAUGUAUACAGAAUAUUUGAUAGACAAUUUCAGGUAGUGCGUAGAUGACAUGAGAGAGAAAGUGAUGUAUUGUGGGUGACGCGGCAGGGCUGUGAAGAGGUACGGGCCCCACUGAAGCGGACUAUGUAUUUGUGUCGGACUAUAGAAGGUGUAAACGCUAAAUAAGAGAAGGGAAAUAUAUGUUGAAUGAGAGAAGGUAACUUUUUCAUUAGUGCAUUAGUGGUUGACCUUUCACGUGCCCACCACUGAGGAUAUUUAUAAGUGAUGCAAGUUUGUUACUAUAGACGAAUCAAAAAUUAUUAUGGAGAUUACGACGAUAAUGAACAACAAUAAUGACAAUAAUAAUAAGGAUGAUGGAGAGAGUGGUUGUGAUUAUUUUAUUCUUGCAUGAAGUGAAGGAAGAAAAGGAGGUAGUUUGAGAGUGUAGUUACUUAUGUAUAUAUAUAAAGAAAGUAUUAUAGCUGUAUCAAUAAUAUGAUCAAUGUACAUACAGAACAAAUAUAUGGAUUCUCAAUU